AACGAAAGGUCACCGGGGUCAACUUGUAAAUAGAAAACUGUGCGAGAACCUAUCCCAACUCUUGAAAUUUACGUGUUUGAAGAAUAAAUUUCAUCAAUAUGGAUGAUUUUCAAACUGCCGAAGAGACUACAUUUGUUGUGGAUGAAGUGAGUAACAUUAUCAAGGAAGCCGUAGAAGGGACCAUCGGAGGCAGUGCUUACCAACACAACAAGGUCAACCAGUGGACGUCGAAUGUAGUCGAGCAGUGUCUAAAUCAACUCACCAAACUAGGAAAGCCUUUCAAAUAUAUUGUCACAUGUGUGAUCAUGCAGAAGAACGGUGCAGGCCUACACACAGCCAGUUCAUGUUUCUGGGAUAACUCCACCGACGGGAGCUGUACUGUAAGAUGGGAGAACAAGACCAUGUAUUGCAUUGUGAGUGUCUUUGGAUUGGCCAUCUAAACCAUCGGAAACCCGUCAUCAGAGAAUGCUCUAUGACCGGUGCAAAGGAUUUGACCAAUGGACAAUUGAGUGCUUUAAACACAGCGAUGAUUCCACUUCCUAAUGUUAUCUUGAGUUAAUAUGUGUUUACAUUUCCAUUACUUUUAUGUAACAUCUCUUCAUUUCCACCUUGUAUCCUUAAAUAGAGAGAUAUAAAUACUCCACAAUCAUAUUAAAUAUUUAUUGUUUUGCAGUAUUUAAUAUGUGAAGGUUUGUUUAUUUGACUUUUUUUCAGAGUAUGCUUGAAAAGUAUCAAAAGCAUUCCACGUACAUGUAUAUCAUACCCUGUUUCGCAUAGAUUGCUUUGAACAAGUUGUAACUUAUUGACAGUUGCCAUAGCAACAGACAUUACCGGCCAAUUAGAUGUAGAGCCAGAUUGUCCAAGGUAGUAUAUCAUUGAUAUAGAAUUUGUCAUUGAUGGCAACUUGUGUGAAACAGUGCCGAGACAUCGAGGGUCUGUUCACCAAUUUUUUAACACAACUUACAGUAUAAAAUAUGGUAAAAAAAGAAUACCCAAGGUUCUUAACAGUAUUUUUUUUUUAAUGUGACAGGGUUCAGGGGUGCUUUUCAUGAAGUACAUGUACGCUGUCAGUGAUUUCCACUAAAAAGUUUUUUUGUAAGCUAUAAAAUUCUUACCUCUAACUGACUGAGAAUGAAUUGUCGAUGAAAUCACCAGCAACAUUUGUUUUUAAUGCUCAUGAGAUGUCCAUCAACAGUGGUUUGUUUUGAUUGACUUUCUUAACUUGUAUAUGGAGUACCCAUGAGAUUGAAAGGAACAUGGAAAGAUCGUU